AUGGAGUCUAAGGUUUUCCAGCUAUGUGUUUGGAGCAUGGAUAAGUGGAUGAAGCAGGCUGCCAAAUUCUUGCAGAUUCCUCCUGUCACUUUGCCAGAUCAUCUUUCACAUACUCGAGCUCAUUUUCACCAGGAUCAGAUACAUGUACUGGCUGUCCAUACAACUCAGAUAUCCAUACAUGAAGCACCAAAGCUAGAAUGUCUUGCCCAGUGGGUUCCUCGAGUAUCAAGUGGGUUAAUCACGGAUGCUGUAUACUCGUGUGAUAGUCAGUCCGUAUACGCAUGCCUUGAAGAUGGAACUGUGAACAUUCUAACUGCCACAACCAAAUCUUUCGAACUGAGGUGCCGGGUUGACCCAAGUGCAUAUUUACCUUCAAAUCCCAGCUUAAUACACCCAGUUGUUGUCGUAUCUCAUCCAUCGGAGCCCAAUCAGUUUGCAGUUGGACUUACUGAUGGCAGAGUCCAUGUUCUGGAACCACUGGAAUCAGAGGGAAAGUGGGGUACAUCAAACCCGGUUGAUGAUGCAGGGCCUAGCAGCUCCUCUGCGGCUGGAUCAGAUCAACAGCCUAGGUAA